CCUGACCUGACUCAAGUUCAGUUUAUGCAUGCUUUUCUGUCGGAGUCAGUUUCUCAUCUUUCAUGGCUGGAAUUCGUCCGAAGAGGCUUGAGAAUGAGAAUUGGAAGAGUUGAUUUCUUCUGUAUCCAGCACGUGAAUAUCUCGACGUUAACAGGUCGGCAGGUGACAGACUUAUGAUCUGUGGUGGUGACUGAAUGAUACUGACUUACGAAAGGAACAUACGACUUCUCUACCAUGUUCUCUGUGCCUUCUCCAGACCAAAGGUCACAGGACAGUCCUGAGGUCACUGCUCUAAGUGCUGAAUGGUCUGUGGAAAUCAAAUUGACACAUGUUGACUGCAACCCCGCAGACAUUUUGGUGCACUUCCAGGUUGCCCCAGAGAGCAAAACAGAGGCAACUCCUGAUGUUGUUGCACAGACAAGUAAAGUGCACGAUCACAGCAUGAUCAUUCCUUUACGGUGCACAAAUGAGACGAAGAUUAUACCAAGCAAUAUUUCAAAGGAAGACUUUGAAGUAGGUGCAGUGUUUGAAGGUUAUGUGGAACAUGUUCUCAGCCCUGGUAACUUCUGGAUAAGAACUGCAAAGCGAAAUCAAGACUUUGAAAACCUGAUGAACACAUUGGCUGAUUAUAUCAGUACAUUACAACAGGAAGAGGACCUUCUUGAAAAUCCAGUGCCUGGCACACUUUGCUUAGCAAUGUAUGAGAAGGAUCUACACUAUUACCGUGCCAUAGUCACUGACAUUCUGGAAAAUGGAUCUGAAGUAUUUUUUGCAGACUUUGGCAAUACUGAAAAGGUGCCAAGUUGGCUUAUUAAAACUCUACCUGAGAGUUUCACCACUGAACCAGAAUUUGUUUUGAGCUGUGCUUUGGCUCAUGUGCUUCCAGUGGAAGAUGUUUGGACUGAUAAUGCAACAAAAUACUUCAGGCGUACAGUGUCAAACAAAGCCCUUGAAAUACAUGUCAUCCACAAAACAAAUGAUCGAUAUCUUGUGGACUUGCAUGAGAUCGGCACACUGAACAAAGACAGCGUGGGACUCCGCAUGACAAAAGAAAACAUAGCACUGUAUUGGAAAUACACACCAACAACUGUGUCGUCCUCUUCUGUGGGAGAAGAUUUGAAAAAGUAUAAGACAAAAGCCCUGAAGCCAAAAGGUCUGAAUAAAAAAAUUGGAGAAAGAACACCGGGAAAAGUCACAGAGAAAGUCAUUGAAAAAGAAUGCACAAUUAAGGGAAAGGCACAGAAUCAAAACCCUUGCAUUCCAAACCAUGACAAAUUGAAGAUGCAGAGAUUCAAGCCUGGGGAGGAAUUAACUGUGCGGUGUUGCAAUCUUGCUUCCCCUUCAGAUUUUUGGUGCCAGCGUGAGAGCCAGAUUAGCAAUUUGACCAAACUGAUGGAAGAGAUGCAGGUGUUUUACCAGACACAUGAGAUGCCAUUGAUGCCAGGUGAAGUCCUUUGUGCAGUGAAGCUUGUAGAGGAUGGCAAGUGGUACAGGGGCUGCCUACUUUCAAGAAAACUGAUUCAGUGUCAAGUGGCCCUGGUGGAUUAUGGACUUGUCAUACAAGAGCAGAUGACCAACCUUCAGACACUUCCUCCAGAAUUCAAUCAGCUGGAAGGGCAGUCAUUCAGAUGUAGCCUGUACAAUUUGAUUGAACCUACAGAUGGAAAAUCAUGGAGCAAUGAAGCAAGCCAGUCACUCAAAGAGUUUGUUUUUGAGAAGUCUGUGAGUUUGAGGUGUACCAUUCAUGCUGAGCUAUAUGUGAAGAAUAUAGGCUUGUGCAAUGUUGUUGACCUUCACACAACUUCAGAACAAGCAACAACAUUUCUUGUGAAGCAAGGUCUUGCAGUGAAGGUCCAGCCACUGAAACCUCUUAUCCCAACAGCUUACCCAGUUUCCUUUAUGUACUCUUCCUUUGGCCUCACACAUGGAAGCAAAGAGGAAAUCUAUGUAACUCAUGUGGCAAGUCCAUGGGAAAUGUAUUGCCAGCUGGGCAGAAAUUCGGAGGCUAUCGAAGAUCUCAUGGAAAAAGUUGCAAAAGAGAGUGGCAAAACACUGUGUUCUAAUUCUGCUGUCAAACCAGGAAGCCUUUGUCUUGCAAAAUACUCUGAAGAUGGGAAAUGGUACCGAGGGAUCAGUAAGCCUGUCCUGUCCUGUAAUGAACUUCUAAAUGUGUUUUUUGUUGAUUAUGGAAACAAGCAGAUACUUGAGAAAAGCAAUGUUAAGCCUCUGCAGCACAGCAAAGGAGAUGUGUUAAUGGCUCCUAUGCAAGCCUUGAAGUGUAGCCUUGUCAAUGUUCCCAAAGGUGAAAUCCUAGCAGAGGUGAAUACUUGGCUAGAGAACAUGAGUUUAAAUAAGCCAUGUCAAGCUACAUUCAUGGGCAAAGACUGUGAUGGAACGUUCAGUGUUGACUUGUUUGAUGGUGACACCCACAUCAAUAAAGAAAUCAGAGCGGUCAUUGCUGCCCAUGAAGAAAGAGAGAAGGGUUCUGUCACUAAUAAUGCAAAUACUGAAAGAGUGCCACCUCGUGAGAACCAUACAGCUGUCAAAGCAGUACAUAAUCCUGGGCACGACAAAAGGUCACCUGACAAGCCAGAGCGCAGAAAGGUCUUCAAGAGUGAUUAUGAUAAGUCCUGCAAACGCCCAGAAGGUAGAAGUCCAACAAAGAGGAUGGAGGGUCCAACAAGUCCAACAAGUCCAACAACCCACAGAAAACAGCCAGAAAACAAAACAACUGGAAGUAAAAAACAGGACCUUGAACAGUUCCUCCAAAGUCAAGACUCUGACAUGGGGCUUCCAAAACUUGACUCUCUACCUGAAAUCAGGGUGAGGUGUGGUUUUAAGGGUGUUGGGUUUGCUUCUCAUGUGAAUUCAAUUAACAAUUUCUUUAUCCAAAUGCAAGAGGAUGAAGCAAACAUACUUAAAAUGGGCGAGGAUCUCAAUUGCUCGUCAUUUAAAGAGAAGGCUGAAAAUGUCAAAUCCAAACUACACAAUGGUGAUCUUCUUGCUGCUGAAUUUGAAGAAGAUGGUGCUCUUUACCGUGCAGUUGUGACUGAUGCCUCAAAGAAGGGACAUUAUGCCAUUGAGUUCAUUGACUAUGGAAAUGUAGCUACUGUUGAACAGAGCAAAGUUUAUAGACUAAGCAGUGAGUUUCUGUCUCUGCCCAGGCUAUGCAUACCAUGCUCUCUUGUUAAGACACAUUCACUUGUGAAUCAUCCCUCCUUUGGAUCUGUGCUAAAGGACAAACCUUUGGAGGUGGAAUUUAUCAGACAGACUGGGACACUUUGGGAAGUUACAAUGGAUCUGAAAGAAUUCAAGCAAUCGGAGCAUGAUGCUGAAACGGCAAAAGAAGUGACCCAAGCCUCAAAUGAAAGCUCCAAUCCUUGCGAAUCUGAAAGUGGAAAUAAAGAUGAGGAACACACUGAAACAGAGUUCAUAGACCCCAAUGACGGUAUGGUGGUCCAAGAGAAGAGUCCGUUGAAACGGCAACCUUAUUCAGGACGGAUCAGACGCAUGAGCACCACUUAUGUCAAACGACAUGGAUAUGUGGUCAUGCAAAGAAAAACAAAGAAGCAACACCAGAAAUUACAAACCAAGGUGUACACCAAUCCCACUGCUUUGCAAGUUAAUCCUCCUGAUUUGGUGACCUCAAUGAGUCUUGGGACACAUUUUCCUGAGAGAGCCCCCUCCAUCUUAGAUAUUGUUCCCAAUAAAAAAGAGUUCUCUUCUAUCCCACCUGCAAAGAACACAGCAGAAAUUCCACAGCCGAUUGCCAGAGAGGGACAGACUGAGGAAGGAAAUAUCCUGACUAUUUUGGAGAAUGGAGAGCUUUACAUCCGACUUAAGAGUAGCGUUGCACCACUUGUUGCCCUUGAAAAUCUAAUUGAUGAAAGUGAGUCAGAAUGCCACUUUGUCUCAGUGAAAGAUGUGGUUGAAGGUCUAAAGUGCUUGGCUAAAUCCCGCAGAAAUGAUCAGUGGUGUCGAGCAGUUGUGCGUCAAGUUUGGAUUGAACAGAAAAGAUGUACAGUUCAGUUCCUCGAUUAUGGCAGUACAGAGGAGACAUCAGUGGGAUGUAUCAAACAUCUUCGUGAUGAUGUUGGUCGGAUGCCAGAACAAGCAAUCCAUUGUAAAUGGAAUGGAUGUGGUGCACCCAUCACAGUGUUAAAAGAAAUUCUCAGCCCAUUAGUUGGUCAAACUAUCAAAUUACUGUUUGUAUCCUACUCAGAAGCCCUUGAGCUUUGGAAUGUUGAGAUCUUCAUGAAUGAGCUUCUAAUUCAGCAACAAAGAGCACCAUAUGAUCAUGGUGAAAAGAAAAGAUCACCCGAGUCCACAUCUCAUAUACAUCUCACACAGACAAAAGAGUCUGCAACUGAAGAAGAAAAUCGGCCCCGAACACUGUUCAUGGAUCCUGUUACAAUAGGGCAAGAGUACUCGGGUUUUGUGGCUGCUGUAACCAACCCAGGAGAAUUUUACAUUGCUCUUGAGGAUCAAGACCACAACGUGAUUACAACUGCUGUGUCAGACACAUUACAGAGCUUACCAGAUCUUCUAAGCACACUACCCGAUUCACACCUCAUUCCUGGAGCUGCCUGCCUGAUCAGGCAUAAAGAUACAAAGAAAUGGUGCCGGGCAGAGAUACUUCAUGUUGACAGUGCAUCCGUGGUGAUUAAUCUUGUAGAUUAUGGAGUUUGUACACACAUUCUACGAGAAAACCGAGACAAACUGAAAAUUCUGCCUGCUCAAUUGGCCAGGCUGCCAAAAGUAAUCUAUCCAUGUUUACUGCGAGGAAUCAAGCCAGCUGAUGAUGGGCAGUGGUCAGAUCGUGCUGUUAUCUUUUUCCAAGAAUUUAUAUGUCAUAGAAAUCUGAAGAUUUUCUUCAGACAGUGCAUCUCAGAGAUACAGUGGGAAGUAGAUAUUCUGACGGAUGGAGUCUGUCUUGCCAAAGCACUUGUUGAUGCUGACCAUGCCUUGUACAUUGACCUUAUGCUCGGUCUUAGAUUUGAACAAGAGCACUCUCAGAAUCUCAGAAGUUCUCCUGAAAGACAAGUCACAAGUCAUUUGGCUGACACUCCUGACUCUGUACAAACAAUUAUGGGUACCAACGAUGAGCUUACAGUAGAGAUACCUGAAUUGACGCCUGAGAGAGCAGACCUGUUAGCUGAUCAGAAAGAGAUGGAGGGGAAUGCACUCGCUCUCCGGGGAUCUGGACGAAAUGGAAGCAUCUCCAACAGUACAAAGGAAUCAACUGAAACAAACACUGGUGUCAAACAAUGUCUUCUGCAAUGAAGAAUAUCCAUGUGAAGGUACCAUGGGUUUCAGACAUGUAAACAACUACACAAAAUGUAACAAAAGUUGCCGGUAUAGAUCUGAUGUACCUAUUAUUAUUUUAAUCACUCCUAGGCAUAUCACUAAUGAUUAACAAUCAUUUUAGUUAACUUAAAUGGUAGUCAUCUGAGAUGAAUCAUUUUGCAGAGCAAUACAAUUUAGACUUGGGUAUUGUAAGUAAUACGAUACUUUGACAUAUGUGUAUAUCUUGAAAACAGUUUGCUUUUAUAGACAGUUUGCUUUUAUUUCACCAUGUUGAGUCCUACUUUAUACAUUUUUUUAAUGAUGGGACCAGCAAAUUAAGAUCACAUCUUUUCCAUAUUUCAUGCGAGAUAGCAUUGUCCUCUGGUUUUAGUUUUAUAUACAAUAUUAUGAUUAUUAUCAUUAUUAUUAUGAUUAUUAUUUUAAAGCACAACUCAUUUUGUUACUGAAAUGUGGCAUUUUUGUUGGAAUGUAAUGAUUUAAGUUUAUCUUGUGGGCAUGUUCUUGAGCUUGUUCAGUUUGAAACAUUUACUUAUCCGUGAAAUAUAUAAUCGUUGGACAGUUGCCAUUAAAUGUUCAUUAAAAUCAAGUCUGUAAAAGUG